GUCAUGACAUCAAAUAAAAAUAACGGAUUAAGCUACUAAAAAAAAAACAAAUAGAAAAAUGAUUUAUGGUGUGUUAUGGAACACUGGCUAGACAAUUUCUAUCUUCUAUUCUCAUAUGGCUCAAUUUUCUUUAUGUAAAAAAAAAAAAUAAAAAACACGCAGGCUACGUUAAACAACAUCAGCAAUGAGCACGAUGUUUUUGAUGCAACGUGGCUCAGGAGAGGGAACUGAAAGUGGCUGAAAGAGAGAGAAACAGGAGAGAGAGAGAGGGUUUUAGAAUCCGCGUGUCGUUGACAGCUAACGACAACAUUUUCUGACUGCCCAACCAGUCAUCAGUGUUUGGUGUAAUCAGUAUAUACGGUAAAAGUUUAUAUAGCAGAUGAUAUUGUAUUGUAGUUUUUUUUUUUUAUAUCAACAAAUAAUCAUAAUCAUGGAGAAAAAAAAACUGGUUUUAUCAAAUUUUUGAGGACUGUUUAACUGAAAUAAUAGUUUAUAAAACGACAAAGAUUAAAGUGGUGUGGUGUCUUAUCAUUGUGUUGUAUGCAUCUUGCUAACCACAAUUAUUUUAUUUCAAAAUGUUUAAAAUUUAUAUUUAAUUAUUACUUAUUUUUAUAAAUUUUUUUUUAUUUUUAUAAAUCUACAUAACAAGUUUUUGUUUUUGUGUUUUUUUUUAAUUUACUUUUGGUGGUUUUUAUUAUCACGUUAUUGACAAAAGGAUUAUAUUAUUUGACAACACCAUGACUAAAAAAUGUAGUCAAAAUCAAUCAUUAUCAAAUUUGAUAAAAUACGUGGAUGGUAAAAACAUGAUGGUUUUUCCAAGAAGAAGAUUGCUUUGGCUUAAAGCUUCAAUACUCGGUACAGCUGUAUGGUUAACUCUAUGUUUUUUAUUAUAUACUGAGGAUCAAACACCAAUCAGUACACAAGCAUUAGUUAUGUCAGAUUCUCCAUAUCAACAACAAGUUACUGAUGACAUUAUUAAUUCUGAAUUAUCAAAUACAUAUCAAGAUAAUAAUAAUCAAAGAGUUCAUCGUGCAAUGGAUAAUAUUUCUGGACCAGAACAAGGUGAUGGUGUAUUGGCAGCACCAAAAGAACAAGAACCUGGUAAUUUAGGUAAACCAGUUGUUUUACCAAUAAAUUUAUCACCUGAAAUUAAAAAAAUUGUUGAUGAUGGUUGGAUUAAAAAUGCAUUUAAUCAAUAUGUCAGUGAUCUUAUAUCUGUUCAUAGAACAUUACCAGAUCCUCGUGAUGAAUGGUGUAAAGAAAAAGGACGUUAUCAAGAUGAUUUACCUGCUACAUCUGUUAUUAUAUGUUUUCAUAAUGAAGCUUGGUCUGUUUUAUUAAGAACAGUUCAUUCAGUACUUAAUAGAUCACCAGAACAUCUUAUUUAUGAAAUUCUUCUUGUUGAUGAUUUUUCUGAUAUGCCACAUCUUAAACAACAAUUGGCUGAUUAUAUAGUUAGCUAUCCAAAAGUUAAAAUUGUAAGAGCAAAAAAAAGAGAAGGUUUAAUACGUGCACGUUUAUUGGGUGCUGCUGCUGCAAAAGCUCCUGUAUUAACUUUUUUAGAUAGUCAUUGUGAAUGUACAGAAGGAUGGCUAGAGCCACUUAUGGAUAGAAUUGCUAAAAAUUCAACAACUGUAGUAUGUCCAGUUAUUGAUGUUAUUGAUGAUACAACACUGGAAUAUCAUUGGCGAGAUUCUGGUGGUAUUAAUGUUGGUGGUUUUGAUUGGAAUCUUCAGUUCAAUUGGCAUGCAGUGCCAGAACGUGAAAAGAAAAAACAUACAAAUUUAGCAGAACCAGUGUGGUCACCAACAAUGGCAGGUGGAUUAUUUUCAAUUGAUCGUGAAUUUUUUGAACGACUUGGUACUUAUGACAGUGGUUUUGAUAUUUGGGGUGGAGAAAAUCUUGAGUUAUCAUUUAAAACUUGGAUGUGUGGUGGUACACUGGAAAUAGUUCCAUGCUCGCAUGUUGGACAUAUCUUUAGAAAACGUUCACCUUAUAAAUGGCGAAGUGGUGUAAAUGUUCUUAAGAGAAAUAGCGUAAGACUUAGUGAAGUUUGGUUAGAUGAAUUUGCAAAAUAUUAUUAUCAACGAAUAGGUGAUGAUAAAGGUUCAUUUGGAGACGUUUCAGAACGUAGAGCAUUACGAAGAAAACUAGGAUGUAAAUCAUUCAAGUGGUAUUUAGAAAAUAUAUAUCCUGAAUUGUUUAUACCAGGUGAUGCUAUUGGUUCUGGAGAGAUUCGUAACUUGGGAGAAGGAGCAGACACAUGUUUAGACUCACCUGCUAGAAAAGCAGACAUGCAUAGACCCGCUGGACUUUAUCCAUGUCAUCGUCAAGGUGGAAAUCAGUACUGGAUGCUAAGCAAAGCCGGUGAAAUUCGUCGUGAUGAAUCUUGUCUUGAUUACAGUGGAGCUGAUGUUAUUCUUUAUCCAUGUCAUGGUAGUAAAGGCAAUCAACAAUGGCUCUAUAAUGAUCAGACAAAACAAAUUAGACAUGGAAGCAGUGAUAAAUGUCUGACAAUGGUUGAGACAAAACAUCAUCUUGUAAUGGAUGAAUGUUCAAAAACAUUAAAAAGACAAAAAUGGUUAAUUGAAAAUUAUGAUCCAACAAAAGGAUAGUCCAUAAAUAUUAAAAAUAAUAUUUUUUAUUAAAUAAUGAUAACUAAACUUAAAAAUAUUCAACCGAACAAAUGAAAAUAAUGUUAAUUUUUUUUGUUUUAUUAUUGAUUAGAAAUAUUUAGAGUUAAUUUUUUUCAAACGAGAUAUUUAAUAAUUAAUUUUUAUGAAUGAGCUGAUUGAUAUUGGCGUACAGGGUUUUAUAUAUGGAUGAUUAUAACUGAGAUUUUUUAUUUAUGUUACAAAAACGAUUGAAAUUUUAUAUUGAGAAAAAAAAAAAAAGUUGUUUUAUUCGUUAAUUUAAAAAGAAAAAUAUUUAAUUAUAAUUCGUUUUUUUUUUCUUUUCUUUUUGUGCACGGAAUACGCUUUUUUUUUUUGUUGUGUAAAACAAGAGUGAAGAGGUUUAAUGUGACCUAAAAUUUUACAACUGUGUGAACAUUUAAUUUGUAUUUUUUUGGUUUACAAAUAGCUGCUUUGGAGUCUUGUUUUAUACGCGAAUUACUGAAAGUUGACUUGGGUUGUUUCCUG